AUGCCUCCGAGAAGUCGAUUGUCGCGAGAAGAGAAAGGGAAGGACGUCGCAGAUUCUCCGAGUCCGACCAGAGAUGUGUCGGCGACCGGUAGUCCUCUGGACGAUUUCGAUUUGAUUCAUCGCGAUGCUCUUCGGGACACGGAAAACAUGACUCUAUCUCAGCGUCUUUUGGUCGCUGAUGCUCAUAGGAUGAUUCGUGAUGAAGACGCCGAUCGUGUUGAAGUCGGGAGCAGUGAUGUGAGCGGAAGUGAGGAUAGAGGGAGAGAUCAAGGCGAUACUGCGACUGGUUCCAAACGUGGCGACACUGAUGAGUCUGAUCGGUCUCCGACACCUUUGAGACAGGUCCGCAAGAGAGUUUGUUUCGAGCAGAUAGACUGUCGCCCAACUAUUUACCAUCCUGGUGGGAUCUUCGAAGAGCUGGCUCCGCUGCCACCCGGACUGCUACGGGACCCGUGGGCUCAGUCGUGGGGGAACGUGUUUGGAUCUUCUGCUUCUCAUCAUACCGUGAGGAAUCUGUUAAGGGCGAGCGGUGGUGCUGGCGUUACUUACAUCAUCCCGUCUGCCGAGCAGCGUCCCUGGUCGCCUCCGGUCGGUUACCAAUGUGUGUAUGAGUCCUAUUUCGGGGAUCAUACGAAGCUAUGGUUCCCGAUUCCCCGGUUAGUGACGUCCUACGCAUUCCGCCGAGACAUUGCCAUUUCAAAACUUUUGAACGGGUCGUUGCGAAUAGCCGUCAUGCUAAUGGUAAUGGCAGCUGAGAUGGACAUCUCGAAGAGCGUGAGGGUCUUCGAGGAGUUGACUUUCACGAAGGCGGAGCCAAACGGGAUCUUCUCGGUGAAAAUGCGUUCGAACUACAACGUCCUGACCGGUCAUCCAAAUAAGACGGAGGAUUGGCAACGCGCGUAUUUCUUUGUGAAAUCAGAUGAACAUGCUUUCGAAGAGCCGUCGGGGGACGACUACCGCGUUCUGUGGAACCGGCAACUCGUUCGUCAUCCGAAUACGAUCGCCUACCCCGAGAAGUUUUUCGAAAGUGCUCAAGCGAUCGCGGCGCAUAGUCAUCUUCUUGAUUGGGAGUCGAGGCUUCCUUGCGUUCUAGGUCCUCGUAAAUCGCGCCUCCCUUUGUUUACUCGCAAAAAACAGAGACUUCUCGACAAAGCCAGAGAAAUGGACGGAGUUUCGGAUCUAAGCGCUCUGUGGUGGAACCUCCCGAGAAGGAGCCUCCAGAGAUGGAGCCUCCAGAGAGGAGGGCCCUAUUGCAACCGAUCAAGGGGGCAAGGCAGAGACUUCUACUUUUGUCCCAAGAAGAAGAAAAAGACCAAAAGGACUAAGGUGGGAGCGACUGACGAGGUUCCUCCCAAAGAGUCUGCUCCCAUCGAUGCGACUUCCGACGGUUCGAAGUCCAAAAAGAAGAAGGAUGGGAGAAAAAGGUCUCGUGGCGGGGCAGAAGGGCAAGAGGCCGUUUUAGUCGGGGCGGCAUCAGAUGGUCACCCGAGGAAGAGAACUAAGAGGUCUGUUGAGGCAGAGCCCCGUCCUUCUACCUCCGACGCGAACGCUGCUGACGCGGCCAUAGUCGACGCUGUUGGGGAGGCCAGCGGUACUCCUGGAAACCUGUCAGAGGAAAGGAGGAAAACCUGCUCGCGAGAAGGAGGUUCUGGUGGUGAGCCCGCGAGGUCUACUCCAGACUCUUCUGCGAGAAAAAGGUCUGGAUCUGAAGGUUCCGUAGCGAAGAGAAAGAGGGUCGAAUUCCCUGAUCGCGUCGAGUUCUCCUACAACGAAACAACUCCCCUGAUCCUUAAUCCCCUUAGGUGUGCGGAGCUGACGCGUCAAAUUCGUGGUGGGACGAAGGAGAUUCCGCAACUGGAAGACCUUUACUUCAAGAAUGAAUACAUCGACGCUGCUUCCUCGAGAGCGCGGAGUGACGGGAGCAUGAACUUCCCUGUUGAGAAAUACAACAGCGCCCUGAAGCAGACGAUGAUCCAGUUGGGAUCUUCGGAGAAGCUCGCUCAAGCAAGAUUGAAGGCCAUUAAGAGGGUAAGGGCCGAGCAUAAGAAGGCUAACGAGAAGGCUGCGAAGGAGAAAGAAGUUCUUCGAGUGAAGUUCGAAGAGCUGGAGGGUAAGCUCAAAUCCGCCGGCGCGGCCAAGAAAGAGCUUGCCUGA